AUAACAGGGUGGUUUCAGCCCGACGUUGUUGUUUUCUUCUGCCCCGUGUUCGGAUCCACAGAGGCGCCAUGAAGAUGCUCGUCUUUCCCGUUCUCGCCGCUCUGUUUGCCGUGGGCUUAGGUAAUUUGGUGGGGGCGCCGAGGGACAUCAAUAUCAGCGAGGCGCAGGACGCCCUCGACUUCGCCGUCGCCAAACACAACAGUGGAACCAACGACAUGUUCCUCAGGCAGGUGGCUGAAGUGGUCAGGGUCCAGAGACAGGUUGUCUCUGGCAACAAGUACAUCAUCACUGUGAAAAUGGCCAAGACCCCCUGCAGAAAGGACCGUGUUGUGAAUGAAGUGUGCGAGAUCCACAAAGACCCAGCCCUUGCUCAGCCUUACGAGUGCACAUUCAGUGUGUGGAGCCGCCCAUGGAUACCUGACCUCCAGCUGGUGGGGGAGAAAUGCUAGACAGAGAACUGCGAGAGAAACAUUCAGCGUUGGCAACGUUUGCAAAAAUAACCUUGAUGCAAAAGCAAUACUUUGUACUAGACAAUUCACAAAUGUAUUUCCACUUCCCUUUGCUUUUUCAAUGUAUGUUAGAUUGAUUAACCUCUGACAGUCUCAUUGUGCCGCAAUACAGAACAACCUAUGCAGUAUUACAGAGCAGGUAGUUAUGCAUAAUCUUUAAAGCUGGCAAACAACAAAUUAUWGUGUGUUGAACYGUUUUGUAGUGGAUUGUGGAUGUACCCCAUUCUGUUCUAAUAAAGAAAUGAUGAUUGAAGCUGCACAU